UCUACUUCGCCCUCCUCCUCUCGCCUCCACCUUUGACUUCCCUCCUCGGGUGCGACUGUGUGGCUGACGCGAAAGGCUCAGCUCCGCCUCCGGAGGAGGAAGGGCCGGGCACGCUGCAGUCAGGGCCACCAGGGAGCUGCUGAGCCGGCCGGACAUUCUGCUGUGACUCGCGGCGGGCCCCGGUGGUGGCUCCGACGGCAAGAGGCAUGGAGCUGGAUGGUCGUGCCGCGCGGGACCGUCUGGCCCUGAGUCGAUGCCUCCUCAGGCUGGGCGCUCUGUUGCUGCUCCUCUUGUUGGGGGCCCGGAACUGUGGAAAUGCCAAUUCAGUGACCCUACCAGAGACAUUGUUGUUUGUUUCAACUCUUGAUGGGAGUUUGCAUGCUGUUAGCAAAAGGACGGGGUCAAUUAAGUGGACUUUAAAAGAAGAUCCUGUACUUCAGGUGCCAUUACACGUGGAAGAUCCUAGGCCAGCAUUUCUUCCCGAUCCUAACGAUGGAAGUCUGUACACACUUGGUGGCAAGAAUAAUGAAGGCUUGACUAAAUUACCAUUCACCAUUCCUGAGCUAGUUCAAGCAUCCCCUUGCCGCAGUUCAGAUGGAAUUCUGUACAUGGGAAAAAAGCAGGAUAGCUGGUAUGUGGUAGACCUCAUGACAGGAGAAAAACAGCAAACAUUGACUUCUUCAUUUGCUGAAAGCUUGUGUCCAUCUACGUCCCUCCUGUAUCUUGGCCGGACAGAAUAUACCAUCACAAUGUAUGAUACCAAGAGUAAGGAGCUGCGAUGGAAUGCCACUUACUUUGACUAUGCAGCCACCUUGCCGGAUGAAGAUGUCCAAUACAAAAUGUCUCACUUUGCAUCUAACGGAGAUGGGCUGGUGGUAACUGUGGACAGUGAGUCGGGGGAUGUCUUGUGGAUCCAGAAUUAUGGCUCCCCUGUUGUAGCUUUUUAUAUCUGGCAGCGGGAAGGGUUAUGGAAAGUGAUGCACACAAAUGUGGGUAUAGAAACACUGCGUUAUCUGACAUUCAUGUCUGGCGAAGUUGGACGCAUUACUAAGUGGAAGUAUCCCUUUCCAAAAGAAACAGAAGCCAAAAGCAAAUUGAUGCCAACACUCUACGUAGGAAAAUAUUCCACAGGCUUGUAUGCAUCACCAUCGAUGGUUCAUGAAGGAGUGGCUAUUAUGCCCCGGGGAAGUCCCAUACCUCUGAUUGAGGGUCCAAAAACACAUGGUAUCACAAUUGAAGAGUGUGUUAUCACCCCCAGUACAGAUCUAAAGUUUUCAUCUGGAUUUAAACAAAAGAACAGUCUGCGCUAUUUGAGGAACCACUGGCUUUUAAUAGGGCACCAUGAGACACCCUUAUCAGCCCCAACAAAGAUCCUGGAGAAAUUUCCAAGCAAUCUGCCAAAGCGGCAUGAAAAUGUAAUCCCAGCAGAUUCAGACAAAGCUGCUUUUGAAGAGGCAAUCAAUAUGGCUGGAAGUUCUACAAAAGACUUGCCUCCUCCCAUUCCGAAGAAUGUUGGAGAGACCCCCAGUGAAACAGCACCCCGGACAGAGGCUCCAGUCGAUUCCAUAUUAAAAGACAUGGCUACUGUCAUCCUGAGCACUUUCUUACUUGUUGGCUGGGUAGCCUUUGUCAUCACAUAUCCAAUGGCACAGAGGAUGGCUUACAGACCAACAAAUUACAAUGUACACAGUAUCAACAACGAUAUAAAUAAAGAGUGGUAUCAAAUGUGUCCCUCUACUCAUGGAAAGCUCUUUACUCCAGAAGUGGCUUCAGUGAACAUAGGGGGUGGGGAGAGUGUCCAUCAUCAGCAACAGCGACAACACCAGCAAUUCCAGAAACAGCUGGAGGAGAAGAUACAGUUAUUGCAGCAGCAGCAGCCCUUCAGUCCUCCCAUUGACCUGCCCUCUGAAGGGGCAGAAUUCCUGGAUGGCUCCUGCAUCAGGCCAGAGAGCUCAGCCACCAGCUCACCAAACAUGUCUCCAAAAGCAUCAAACCACUCUGCGUAUUCCAAUGUCUCUGCCUCUGAUGUUGGAAGCUGCCUUUCCACUGAGCAAGAAGAAGAUGAAAACACAGCCACUGUAGUGGUUGGAAAGAUUUCAUUCCACCCAAAGGAUGUGCUUGGCCAUGGAGCUGAGGGAACAAUUGUUUACAGGGGGACAUUUGACAAUCGAGAUGUUGCUGUGAAGAGAAUUCUCCCCGAAUGUUUCAGCUUUGCUGACCGGGAGGUGCAGCUGUUGCGAGAAUCUGAUGAACAUCCAAAUGUGAUCCGCUAUUUUUGUACAGAGAAGGACCGUCAGUUCCAAUACAUAGCCCUUGAGCUCUGUGCUGCUACUUUACAAGAGUAUGUGGAACAGAAGGACUUCAGUCACCAUGGUUUGCAGCCGAUCACCCUUUUACAACAGACAAUGUCUGGCCUUGCUUAUCUCCACUCUCUCAAUAUUGUCCACAGAGAUCUGAAGCCCCAUAAUAUCCUCAUUUCCAUGCCGAAUGCCCAUGGCAAGGUCAAAGCCAUGAUUUCAGACUUUGGCCUCUGUAAGAAGCUUGCAGUGGGCAGGCACAGUUUUAGCCGUCGGUCUGGAGUACCAGGCACUGAAGGUUGGAUUGCUCCAGAGAUACUGAGUGAGGAUUGCAAAGAGAACCCGACACACACAGUAGAUAUUUUUUCAGCUGGAUGUGUCUUCUACUAUGUGAUAUCUGAAGGCAACCAUCCAUUUGGCAAAUCCCUGCAGCGGCAAGCCAACAUUUUGCUAGGUGCUUACAGUCUAGACUUCCUAAAUCCAGAGAAGCAUGAGGACAUCGUUGCUCGUGACUUAAUAGAGCAAAUGAUAAGUACAGAUGCUCAGAUGCGUCCUUCGGCUAACUGUGUACUAAAGCAUCCAUUCUUCUGGAGUUUAGAGAAGCAGCUCCAGUUUUUCCAGGAUGUGAGUGAUCGAAUAGAAAAAGAAUCCUUAGAUGGUCCAAUAGUCAAAGAGUUGGAAAGAGGAGGAAGAGCAGUAGUGAAUAUGGACUGGAGGGAGCACAUCACGGUCCCUCUGCAGACAGAUCUUCGAAGAUUCCGAUCCUAUAAAGGGGGCUCAGUAAGAGAUCUCCUGCGGGCAAUGAGGAACAAGAAACACCAUUAUAGGGAACUGCCCCCUGAAGUGCAGGAGACUCUGGGUUCUGUCCCAGAUGACUUUGUACAUUACUUUACUCUGCGUUUCCCUCACCUUCUUUUGCACACCUACCAUGCUAUGCAGAUCUGCUGCCAGGAAAGACUAUUCCAACCUUAUUAUAUGCAGGACUCUGAUGGGCACAUUUUCCCCGGAGAUGGUGUUUGAGAGAUGGAGACUCUUUGUUCUUUGCACAAACAGGGCUGUGAAACAGGCCUGUCCUUAGCAGCGUGACUGGAGGGAUCGUCAAAGAGUGAAAAAGCCUCUUUGAGAGAUCCAGACUUAUCAAAGGUGCCUUGGACUCCACCUGCUCUGACUCAGGAAAAAAAGGACUCCAGGUAGGAAUCCAAAGACGAAGAUGUGGCAACUUACAGAAAAGCUUUAUACCGCAGAAGACAGGAGCAGUCAAAAGGCAGCUCCUACAAAGAAAAGUGAAGAGGAGUAUAUAAAACAGAUCAGCUUGGCACAAGCAUCGCUGUUAUUAUUACACUGUAAGCUCUUUUUAUACUGGCAUUCAGGCAACUUUACUGCACAGAAUCAUACCAAAAAAAAAAAGAUUGACUGAAACCAUAACAUUGCCAAGCAUCUUCUGGAUCUCAGGAAAGAGCAUUCUAACUGUAGUGUGCGCCAUUUCUGUCCAUUAUUGUCCCGCGCCCAUAUUGUGCACUUCAAACACACACAGAUACUAAUUUUUUAAAGGGAAAAUGUUAGUUUAAACAUUCCAGAUUCAGCACAAGAAAUACAGUGGUUCAGUAAAGAGGACAGACCUCCAAAUAUGAGUCUCAAAAUACUUUUGGUUAGACCUAAAGUUAUCAUUGAAAUCACCAACUGGAAGCAUCAGUCCAAAUGCUAAUAGCUCACAAAUAUAUAAUAGAAUUUGCAUACUAUUAUAUUUUUUAAAAAUGAGACAAAUACGCACACACACAAAUCCAGAUAUUUCUGGACCAAGAUUCGGCUUUGGACACAGUGCUGGAAAUCCCUAAUACUUUUGGAGAAAUCCAUUCAGAUGUCAUUUCUGGUUUCUUUACAAGAAUGUGACUAGCCUGACAGUGUGAUUUAGAUGCAACAGUUGACACAGCUAGACGUGCUUAAUUUUAUUUGUAGGCUUAAGUUGUUUAGCCAGAGGCAACAGAACUUAGCAGCAGAAAGCAGAGCUAGCCAUAAAUUAUUUUUUUAAAUGUAGGAAAACCUGAUUUUUGUGUGUGUUUCUAUCAAGCAGUAGAAACCCAGUUUCCUGUCCAAAUGAAACCUGGGAAGCUACAGAAAGAGGCAUCUGCUUCCCAUUUUGAAGAAUGCAGUUUUCCUUUUCAGUGUCCCUAAAACUGUGAUGCACACAUUGCAUGUGGAGAAGGCGUUAAGAAUCCCCAGUGAAGUGCUCUAAAGCUCCAAUGUUAUAUUUGUAGUAUUCUUUUACAAAAUAUUUAUUUUACAUAUUUAUAUUUAUUUAAUUUUUAUUACAAAGUGGUACCACACUGAAAUGGUACACAUGUAUAGCAUGCCAAACUUUUAAAUAAAUAAAUAAAUAAGCAAAAUCCUCUCUGGUGCAGUAAUUAUUUUUUUAGGUUGACAAGGAAAAGGUAUACUGCAUCUUUUCAACCAAGCAUUUUCAUUAGAUCUGGAUGAAAUGUUCUAUAAUGUAAGGAAGCUUUUAAUUUGUGUGGCUGUACUCUUUGUGUGUCUCAAAUUGAGUAAAUUAUUAAUGGUUAAUUGUAUGAUUGGGCAUUGAUAAGGGUAUUUGUCUUUUGUUCUAAUCAUUUUGCGUCUGACAUUACAGGGAAAUGGUUUUUUUCUAGUUUUAUAAUGCAACAGCAGAUAUAUUAAGGUACGAUAUCCAAAUAUGGAUGUUACAAGAUUUUAAAGCUUGAAAAUAAUGGUAGCCUUAACCUAACUUAAAUGAAAAUCAUAUUUCAUAUUUUUGUAGUUCUGCUGUACAAUACUUUUAUAUUUCUUCUAAAUAUGAAAUGCACCCAAAGAUUAA